CCCGCCCGCGCCUCCCGCAGCUGGCCCUCGCCCUCGUCCUGAUGGCCUCAGCGGCGGUGCUGCCCAGCGCUCGGGCGGCGCCCUUCAAGAAGUUCAAGAAGUUUGGCGGCGGCGGAUUCAGCCACGGCGGCGGCUUCGGCGGCGGCAGCUUCGUCCAGCCCGUGGUGGUGCCCAGCCCGGUCUUCGUGCAGCCCACCUACGGCUCUGGCUACGGCCUCGGCGGCGGCUUUAGCGGUAGCCAUGGAGGUUUCGGAGGCGGAUUCGGAAGCGGAGGAUUCGGGGGCAGCGGAUUCGGAAGCGGUGGAUACGGCGGAGGACUUGGACACGGUACAGGAUUCGGACACAGUGGAGGAUUCGGCCACAGCGGGGGAUUCGGACACAGCGGGGGAUUCGGACACAGCGGAGGAUUUGGACACAGCGGGGGAUUCGGACACAGUGGAGGAUUGGGCGGCGGAUUCGGCGGAAGUUACGGUGCCUUUGGGCGAUAAAAGUCGGUUGGAGCAGAAGACUGAGUGUGCAGUGCGACGGCCUAAUUUAAUUGUAGAUUAGUAUAAUAAUUUGUUUUUAUAUUUUUCUACCAACUCUUCCUCAUGUAUAAUGGAGAAGAAAAAUACUUUUUCGGUAAAAUAAAUUCCAAAAAACGAAAA